GGCGCUCCCUCCCCUGGUCCUCCCGGGGGUCUGAUGGCAGGAUGGCGGAGGCAGGGGGAUCGGAGUCAGCCGCGGCCCGGUGCCCGGAGGAGUCAUCGGACAGCGAGCCGGAGCAGGAGCCCGGAAGCCCGCAGAAACUCAUCCGAAAAGUGUCGACGUCUGGUCAGAUCCGCAGCAAGACGGUGUUGAAGGAGGGAACUCUUCUCAAACAGACGAGUUCUUUUCAGCGUUGGAAGAGGAGAUACUUUAAACUUCGGGGGAGGACUCUGUACUACGCUCAGACGGCCAAGUCGAUAAUCUUCGAUGAGGUCGACUUGAACGACGCCAGCGUGGCCGAGUCGAGCACCAAGAACGUCAACAACAGCUUCACGGUGAUCACCCCCUGCAGACGUCUCAUUCUGUGUUCAGACAACAGGAAGGAGAUGGAGGAGUGGAUGGCAGCUCUGCGCAGCGUCCAGACCAGACAGAACUAUGAGUCCACCCAGUACAGCAUGGAUCACUUCAGUGGGAUGCACAACUGGUACGCCUGCUCUCACGCCAGACCAACGUACUGCAACGUGUGCAGAGAGGCGCUUUCAGGAGUGACAUCACACGGCCUGUCCUGUGAAGUGUGUAAGUUUAAGGCUCAUAAACGCUGUGCGGUCAGAGCCACUAAUAACUGUAAGUGGACGACGCUGGCUUCUAUCGGGAAGGACAUCAUCGAGGACGAGGACGGGGUGUUCAUGCCUCACCAGUGGCUGGAGGGGAACCUGCCGGUGUCUGCUAAGUGCACCGUGUGUGAGAAGACGUGUGGCAGCGUCCUCCGGCUGCAGGACUGGAGGUGUCUCUGGUGCAAGGCCAUGGUGCACUCUGGCUGUAAGGAGCAGCUGUCCUCGAAGUGUCCUCUGGGUCAGUGUAAAGUGUCCGUCAUCCCUCCGACCGCUCUGAACAGCAUCGACUCUGAUGGUUUCUGGAAGGCUUCGUGUCCUCCGUCCUGCACCAGCCCGCUGCUCGUCUUUGUCAACUCCAAGAGCGGAGACAACCAGGGCGUCAAGUUCUUGAGACGCUUUAAACAACUGCUGAACCCUGCUCAGGUGUUCGACCUGAUGAACGGAGGACCACACCUGGGGUGAGACAGACAGGAAGUGUUAUUAGUAAUGA